AUGCAGUUCAAGCUUGCCACCGUUGCCGCUCUCCUGGCCACGGUCGUUUCUCCGGCUUUUGCCGGCUCCGAGGGCGCUACUGUCGUUUCCGCUAUCCAGAAGCUGACUGAGAGGGUCGUGGACGUCUCCAAGGAGCUACAGGAAUUGAGCGUGGUCAAUUUCCCUUCUAAAGGCUAUGUAGGUCGCCCAAGUCUAAAGUUCCAGUCACUCCAUCCACCCCAAAGAUAUGAAACUAAUAUCGCCCAGAAAUUCCCCAGCAGCUACCGGGAUGUCUUGAUCCUCAAGAAUGAUCAAGUUUCACAAGCUCCUCGGGGCAUUGACGCUAGUGAUGAGCCCGAGGUCUGCAAUGCUUUUAUCACCUUCGCGGAGGUUGAGAAGACAUUCCUACAAGAUGUCAUCGGCAAGCACGGCAUCUUUGGCAUUUUCGUGUUUACUAGUCCGGUUGGUGCUCUCCUGCGCGCCGAUGAAAACAUCAGUGAUACAUACUACUUCAACAUCCUUGGCUUGGUUCCAUCUUGCAAGAACGAUCUCCAGGCUAAGAAUAAGGAAGUUGAUGCCUUGCUCAGCAAAGCUGUGGAGCUAUAUUCUUCUUAA